AUGGAAUCAACCUUGAUAUUCCUGAUCUUUUGCGCCAUCUCAAUCUCAGCCUCCCCCAUCCAAGAUUCUUCCAUCGAUGGAUAUUCUCUAGAUGUUUCCGAUCCUCUCACAAAUGAUUCCAUAGUCAAAAUGGCCAGUCAUAGAUACGCUGGAAUCAUAGCUCGAGUAUUUCAAACGAAUACAACAAGUUUCGAUAAAUCAAUGGUUUCGACUUUGACUAACUCAGUUGCGAAUCGCCUGCGUGUUGAAGGCUACAUGGCACCAACAAUGUUAGCAAAUUUGAAUGGUCCGGAUCAAUUUGAUAAGGUUUAUGAUGGUUUGCGGGCGAAUAAUUUGGUGAAUCUGAACGCGAUUUGGAUCCAGGUUAAUGAUACGAAACUUUUCUCGAAGUACACUGCUGACAAUGUUUGGUUCAUUGAUUCCAUAGUCCAGAGAGGACUUGUAAGUUAGCCGAACAUCUGAUCCACCUAGGUAUCUUAUUCUAGCAACACAACUUCAACAUUGGAAUCUUCACCAACGCCAAGAUGUGGAAAAAGAUCACGGGAAACUACCUGGGACUUCCAGCCACUGUUCGACUCUGGUAUUGGGCGAAUAAUGGAGAGGGUGUUUAUCGAGAGGGGGCUCCGAAUUUUAAUGAUUUUGUUGCGUUUGGCAGUUGGACGAGUCCGGAUAUGAAGCAAUUUGCUGUGAAGGAAUUGGUUGAUGGGGCGAUUGUUAAUCGCAAUGUUUUUGUUGUUCGCAAAAGUUAA